AUGUUGGAUAUCAUGGCUGACCCUGCAGUGGAAGAGCAGGUCUCCAAAAUCAGUGAACUUUGCCAUAAAUGUGGCCAGUUCCACCUGUUACAGGACAAUCAUCUUUAUAACUUCCAAGAUGAAGUGGAUGAUGAACUGGUUUGCCAUAUCUGCCUUCAGCCUUUGCUCCAGCCCAUGGAUACACCCUGUGGACACACAUACUGUUUCAAGUGCCUUGAGAACUUCAUGCAGGAGUAUAACUUUUGUCCCAUGGAUCGGAAAAAACUGAGUUUCCAACAUUGCCGGAAGUCUAGCCUUCUAGUGAGAAACCUGCUGGAUAAAUUGACUAUCCUCUGUCCUUUCCAGAAAGAGUGUCAGCAGACGAUGCAGAGGUGUGAACUAGAAGCCCACUUACAGAACAGGUGUCCUGGCUUCAAGAAAUACAAAUCCGAUAUAGAAAGGAGAAAAAAUCCACAUUCCAGAAGCAAGGAAGAUCCCAUUACCAGGGAGGAAUCGAAUGCUGCCAGAGAGGCGGAGCUAUCAGACGGAGCAUCAUCGCUGGUGGCAGAAAGCUCUAUAGCGGCUGUGGUAUCUCUGGGGACUGUGGAGCCUGGACUCGUUAAUCCAGCCUUUGAGGAGGGUGAAGAAGGCGACCUGCCUCAGAAAGCUAGUCUUGUGGCUGAAACAAGUACGAUUGAAAUUCAUCGAGAUGAUCCAGAAGAAGAACUAGGAAUGCGGAUAGUUGGGGGCAAAGACACCCCUUUAGGGAACAUUGUUGUUCAGGAAGUCCUUCGGGAUUCUGUUGUUGCUGCAGAUGGAAAAAUAGCACCUGGAGACCAUAUCCUUGAGGUGAAUGGUGUCAACAUCAGUAGCGUGACUCAUUGCCAAGCUAUCUCCUUGCUGCGCCACCCAGGUCCCGUUCUUCACCUUAUGGUCCUGCAGGAAAAAGGGUUUUCCAACAGGACUCUCAAACAGGAUUCUAGCCCUGCUGUUAACCGGGAAGUGAUUCACGUUACACUGAUGAAGAGAGACCCAUCUGAACCCCUGGGAAUCAAACUGAUUAGGAAGACAGACGAGGCAGGGAUUUUUAUUCUGGACCUGCUUGAUGGAGGCUUGGCAGCCAAAAAUGGAAAGCUGAGUCGGAAUGACAAAGUUCUCUCUAUAAAUGGCCAGGACCUGAGGCAGGGAACACCUGAGACUGCUGCACAGAUAAUACAGACCAGUGAGGCAAGAGUGAACUUUGUGGUCCUAAGGCAGUCUGGUGUAGAGCUGCCAGAUGCUGUUGAAGAUGGUGGCACACCAAACAGUAGUAGCAGCAGUAGCAAUGGAGGGAGUCCAGUGCACCAUCGGAGGAGACCUGACCAGAAUCAUUACAGACGAAAAUCAAACUACCAAAAGGAUCUACCUCAGGGAUACCUCAGCCAGGAAAAGACCGUUGCAAUAAAAAAGGAGCUAAAGGAAUCUUUGGGAAUAACUAUUGGAGGUGGAAGGGACAAUAAAAACAAGCUUCCUAUUUAUGUAACUAGUGUGCAACCCAUUGGAUGCCUCUUCAGGGAUGGCAGGAUCAAGAGAGGAGAUGUGCUUUUGAAUAUAAAUGGCAUCGAUUUGACUCAUCUAAACUACUAUGAAGCUGUCUCUGCACUGAAAUCCAAUGCAGCUUCCCACACCGUAGUGCUGAAAGCCCUGGAAAUCCUUGUACCAGAGAGGGUGCCAGAACCCACAGACCCAUCCUCUGAUAUCAGGGAACACGGGUUCAGUUGGUCACCCCUUUGGAUCACAUGGCUCGGAUUACCUACCUACCUUCACUGCUGUCAAGAUAUUGUCCUUCGUAAAAGUAACUCAGAAAGCUGGGGAUUCAGCAUUGUUGGAGGCUUUGAAGAAGGCAAAGGAAACCAGCCAUUUUUCAUUAAAACCAUAGUGCCUGCAACACCUGCCUUCCAUGACAGAAGACUAAAGUGCGGAGAUGAAAUAGUGGCAGUAAAUGGAGUAUCUGCUGUAGGAAUGAGCAACUCUGAGCUAAUUCCCAUGCUGAAAGAACAGAAGAACAAAGUCACUCUUACAGUUGUGUCUUGGCCUGGAAGUUUUGUGUAA